AUGGUUUUUGUCAAAUAUAAUCGUGCUUUGCAAAGACGGAAAGAGAAAAAAGUAACCGGUGAUCCUAUUGUUUUGGAAGAGAUUGAUGAUAGCAAUGAGUGGCUACUUGGGAAAAUGGAUGGAACUUCAGAUGAAGAAAAUGCUGAUUUUGUGUUUGAAAAUGAUGAUUUGACAUGGAACAUGGUUAGUCAAGUUUCGGGAGCUGAGGAGCCUAGUUAUCGUACAAGGGCAGCAACAACAAGUGCUAAUACGGAUAAAGGGAAAGGAAAAGGAAUUGAAAGAGACUUUGGGGACGAGGAGUUUGGGGAAGAUGAGCAAGAUUAUUAG